AUGACUCAGAAGGACGGCCCUUGCUCGGGGCUCGUGAUGCUGGGGAGGGCGUUGAACCCCCCGUGGGAUCUCCCGCUCGCGGGCGCGGGCCUGGAAAAGGACCAGCCCCACCCAAGGGCAGGACAGGCUUCUAGGCAGGAGGAGAGUCCCUGCUCGACGCCAAAGAACCAGUUUGAAACUGCCCCGUCAGCCCACACAGUUAUCCCAGUUCCUGCUGUUCUGUAUACAGCACCUGGAGAGGCAGUUAAUGUACCUAGUGAACCUUCAGGAGAUUUUAGUAGGACAUCACCAAGACCCAUUAGUACCAACAACCCCAGACUCUUUAACCAAUUGUCCCAAGUGAAUGUCAGUGAUGCCGUUAAAGCUGGGACCAGAGGUAUAACUCCUUCAAUCACAGAAAGAGCAGAAAGCGCAUUUAGUUCCUUAAGAGGUAGCGAGAAAUCAAAAGGUUUGCCUACUGAUGUAAACAGUCUCCUGUCAAGCAUAAGCUCUAGCGGUUCAAGUUCAGCUCUUCUUACAAGUUCACAGGAUGAUGCUACAGGCUCACCAGGAAGCUUUACAAGUUCUGCUGGAGUCGUCAUAGAAUCAGCAGGUUCACAUGGAAUUAUUCAAAGUUCAACUAGCAUAGCUAGCACAUUAGAUCUUUCACGUUCAUCACCCGGAGUUUUUUCAGUUUCAUUUGAAGGUGGUUCUGCUACACCAGACAGCAAUGAAGGUUCGAGUGCCGUGCCCUUCAAAGGCCAUCUAAUCAGUGCAAAAGGAGGCCAUGCAGAAUCUACACGUAUCACUGGCUCACUAGGAGACCUCACAGGAGCAUUAAAAAGUAAAACGACUUUACCAGGACAUACUAGCCAAACAGGCGUGGGAGAUUUCUCAGGAAUCACCUCAACAGGAAGAUUUGGGGGCUCCACAGAAACUUCCACUACAACAGGCCUUCAAGCCUCAACAAAAAUUUUCGGAAACGCCAUAGAAGGAGGUCUCGGAAGCUCCACUAGACGUUCUGAAGGCUCUACAGAAGGCUUUCGAGGCUAUACUGUGGGAGCCUUAAAGGACUCUACAACAGGUUUUAAAGAUUCCACAGGAAGAUUUGGAAGUUCCUCAGGAACUUCCUUAACUGGAAACUUUGGAGACUCUGCUGCAGCCCUUGGAAGCUCUACAGAACCCUUCAAAGGCACCACAGAAAGUUUUGGAGGCUCUUCAAUAGGUAUUGGAAGCUCCACAGAAACUUCCUCUAUAGGAGGUUUAGGAUCCUCAACAACAAUCCUUAGCGAUUCUACGGUAGGUCAUGGAAACACUACAGGAGCUUUUAGAGGCUCUGCAGCAGGAUUUUCAGGGACCUCCCCUACAAGAGGUUUUGAAGGAUCUACAGCAGGCCUUGGGGGCUCCUCGGGAAUCUCAUCUACAGGAGGAUUUGGAGGCUCUACAGCAGGCCUUGGGGGCUCCUGGGAAAUCUCAUCUUUCAGGAGGAUUUGGAGGCUCUACAGAAAGGGCCCUUUGGGGGCUCCUGGGUCUGGGGCUCCUGGGAAUCAUCUACAGGAGGUGGAGGGGGUCUGGAAACCCUUGAGAGGUUUUGGAACCCCCUACAGGAGGUUUGGGGGGGGUCCCCGCCCCCGGGGGGUUGGGACUCUCUAG